UGAUGUCAUUACAGUUUGAGUUCUUGUGCUGUGUGGAUAUUCCUCCUGACACAAAACACCGCUAAAAGCAACCAUCGUAGAGUCGUCUAAACAAAAGACACCAAACCGAAAGACUUAAUUUAUAUUUAUUUAAUUAAUUUUAAUAAAACAGACCAAAUCUUACAAAAUGUGUGACGAAGAAGUUGCUGCAUUGGUUGUCGACAACGGCUCCGGCAUGUGCAAGGCUGGCUUCGCUGGCGAUGAUGCGCCACGCGCUGUCUUCCCCUCGAUUGUGGGCCGUCCACGUCAUCAGGGCGUGAUGGUCGGUAUGGGCCAGAAGGACUCGUAUGUGGGCGAUGAGGCACAGAGCAAACGUGGUAUUCUUACCCUGAAGUACCCCAUUGAGCACGGUAUUGUGACCAACUGGGACGAUAUGGAGAAGAUCUGGCAUCACACUUUCUACAAUGAGUUGCGUGUGGCACCCGAGGAGCACCCCGUGCUGUUGACCGAGGCCCCACUUAACCCCAAGGCCAAUCGCGAGAAGAUGACACAGAUCAUGUUCGAGACAUUCAACACACCCGCCAUGUAUGUGGCCAUCCAGGCUGUGCUCUCGCUGUACGCCUCUGGUCGUACCACCGGUAUUGUGCUGGAUUCUGGUGAUGGUGUCUCCCACACCGUGCCCAUCUAUGAGGGUUAUGCUCUGCCCCAUGCCAUUCUGCGUCUGGAUUUGGCCGGUCGCGAUUUGACCGAUUACCUGAUGAAGAUCCUCACUGAGCGCGGCUACUCGUUCACCACCACUGCUGAGCGUGAAAUCGUGCGCGACAUCAAGGAGAAGCUCUGCUAUGUUGCUCUCGAUUUCGAGCAGGAGAUGGCCACCGCUGCCUCCAGCUCCUCAUUGGAGAAGUCCUACGAGCUUCCCGACGGUCAGGUCAUCACCAUUGGCAAUGAGCGCUUCCGUUGCCCCGAGGCUCUGUUCCAGCCCUCAUUCUUGGGCAUGGAAGCCUGCGGCAUCCACGAGACCACCUACAACUCGAUCAUGAAGUGCGACGUCGAUAUCCGUAAGGAUCUGUAUGCCAACACAGUGCUGUCCGGUGGUACCACCAUGUACCCUGGCAUUGCUGACCGCAUGCAGAAGGAGAUCACCGCUCUGGCCCCAUCAACCAUGAAGAUCAAGAUCAUUGCGCCACCAGAGCGUAAAUACUCCGUCUGGAUCGGUGGCUCCAUUCUGGCCUCCCUGUCCACCUUCCAGCAGAUGUGGAUCUCCAAGCAGGAGUACGACGAGUCUGGCCCAUCCAUUGUGCACCGCAAGUGCUUCUAAGCUAUUCCAUCCGGCUCUAGGGCUAAGUGGAGUGUCACCAGUAACGGCCGAAGCAGCAGAAGCAACAACAUCGAGCCGCAGUGCUAAGGCCGAAGCUGGAGCGGAAGUUAAUCACAUCAUCAUCGUCGUCAAGUUGUGUUCUAGCAUUAAUUUAAUUUAUUUCACAUGAGAUAUGAUAUAAAAUACAUACAUAUUUUUUGUUUUUUUUUUUUUUAUAUACCGUUUAAUAUAACAACAACAAAAAACAAUGAGAACACCAACGUAUUCUGCCAUUCCACUUACAACCACAAGAAACACACACACACAAUCUCACUCUCUCACUCAUACAUAUACAUACAUACAAUGUACACACGCUGAUGCGUCUACGAAAGCGCAAGCGUGACAACAACAUCCAAAAGCGAAUAUGCCCCAAAAGAAAGAGAUAAAUGAAAAAAAGGAUAAAAAGCAAG